AUGGACACGAUCCGAUGCAUGCUUGUAGUGGCGGCGCGGCUAGAUUACGAAAUACAGCACUUUGAUGUGGACACCGCGUUCCAUUACGGCCGCAUGGAUGAAGAAGUUUACAUGCGUCAGCCAGAUGGUUAUGAAGACGUAUCUGAACCAGGUUUGGUAUGUUUGCUGCAACGCGCUAUAUAUGGAGUUAAUCGCUCAUGUGCGGGGUAA